AUGUCUCAAUCAGCUCUCUCUGGGCGGGUUCGUCCAGAGCUUCUCACUUUCAAGCUUCAUUGGCUCCAGCAGGCCCACAGCCUGCUUUCGUCUUAUAUGCCUGGAAGCGCUCGAUUUCUUGUUUCGUUUUUUACUUGUUUGUUGAGAAGACGCUUGCACAGCAACAUCAUGGGCGACCAGAUCCCUCACGUUCCCGGCACAACUCCGACCGGCAACUCGGGCCUCGUCGGAUUCCUGCCGCUCGAUCGAUCCUUGUCGAGCCCGUCCUCCAUGCUUUCUGAGCAAACCACCGCCCGCUCCUCAUCUGCUUCCUUAUUUUCCUUAUCCUCCCCCCGCUCAACCCUGUCAACAAUAUCAGACCACUCCGACCAAGCUCCAUCGGCUGCCUCCUCGAGCCCGUCUGUCUUGAAGGAUGCCGUCCUUGGCCCACUCGGCCACUUGCUGGCGAACCUCUGGGCCGUCAUAUACGGCCUCAUCCAGACCGUCAUCAUUUACCUCUUCGCGCCCAGCACGGAUGCCAUCACUCUCGAGCCAUCGCCCAACCCGCUUGGAAGGAUCGCUAUCGUCGGCGCCGGAAUCACCGGUAUCUCUACCGCCGCCCACUUCCUCGCUCACGGCUUCGAGGUGGUCAUUUUUGAGCAAUCCCCAACUAUCGGUGGGAUUUGGUCCAGAGUCAACAGCACCUCAUCACUCCAACUGGAUUCGUUGAUGUACAGAUUUCAUCCUUCGGUCAGAUGGUCAAACCAAUUCCCAGUCAGAAAAGGAGAAAUCUUAUCUGAGCUUCAAAAAAUUUGGAAUAGCUAUCGAUUGAAUUCUCGAACCCGUUUCAAUUUUACCGUUCAACAAGUUACUCGCCAGCAAGCCUCGGACGACCAGCCCUCGAAAUGGACGAUCAACAACGGCGUCGAUGGUGUCUUUGAUGGGAUUGUGGUCGCCGUGGGCACUUGCGGUCCGCCCGAGCGAAUCAACUUUCAAGGCCGUGAAGGGUUCCAAGGGAAAAUGAUCCAUUCGAGUGAAUUGGACCAGAUUGAAUGGCCUGGCAAGCGCGUCGUCGUCCUCGGCGGAGGUGCUAGCGCUGUUGAGGCUCUUGAGUUGGCCGUCCAGUCCGGCUGCUCCACUCCAGCGGUUUUGGUCACGCGAACCGACAAGUGGUUUAUUCCUCGAAACGUGAUCAUCGGUACUUUGCUCGCUAUGAACCCAUUCGGCAUCCCCUGCUUCAUCGACCAAAUCGCUGAAAAGGCUAUCCGAGCCUACCACUAUGGUGCCGACUUGCAAUGGAUGAGCCCCGCUGCCUACAACGGGAAACCGGCGGGCCGCUUAUACAGCAAAACUCCGAUCGUCAAUGGAGAGUUCUUGAAACUUGUCCGCGAGAACCGCGCCGAUUACGUCCGAGCCAAGAUUGAUCGAAUCUCCCCCCAAGGUGUUGAAGUUCAACGGUUUGGCUUGGAUCAAUCCGAGAUAGUUCCGGCGGAUGUGAUUGUUGAGGCCACCGGUUACAAGCGACCCUACUUGGGCUUCCUUCCAACCCAGAAGCUUUUCCGAGGCGACAAGACUCCCGGGCAGUAUGCCCCGCCCAACCUCUUCUUGCAACACUUCUCCGCCAACGAUUGGAGCUGUCUCAUGACUAACGCCGGAUAUUACGAGGGGCUCGGAACUGUCGGUCACAACCACAUCGGCAUUUUGGCCAGAAUGAUGAUGAUGUUCAUGUUGGAUAACAAGACUGCCCCCAGUACUUCCGAGAUGCACGCCUGGGUCGACCGCAUUGUGAAGCUCAAGGGUUCUUUAACGUUCUUCACCUACUCGGAACAAUCGCUCUGGUUGGCCACCUUUUUGAUUUCCAACCCGCGACGAUGGAGUUGGUUGCCCUUUGUUGGGAUGGGUUGGGGCGGCGUCGGUACCCAUAAAAUCAAGACCUCGUAG